CGGACCCGCUCCGGGCCGGGCCGGGCCGCCCCUCGCCUCCCGCAGCACCUGCGCACGGGGGGGGCGGCGGCCGCGCAGCGCCGGGGAGCCUCGGGCCGCUCCGGUACUUCCUUUCUGACUUUCAGUGGCAGAGAGAAACUAAAGACCUUGAAGAAAGACGCCUGCGGCCCCUUGCUUGGCAGUAACAAUGCUGCAGCGAUGAGAUUAUAGUGAGCCCUUCCUGUGUGGCCUCCAUGGGUCCCACUCAACUCAGCACACAGGAUCAUGGGAAGAGGGUGGCAAGUGUAUUUGAGAUGGAGGAGGAAGGGCUUUCACUCUUACCUGGCUCAGAAAACCCCCCUGAGCAAGCAGAAAAUCCCCCCCUGAAGCGGAAGAAGGGCCCAGCGCCGAAGAUGCUGGGCAAUGAAGUGUGCAGUGUGUGUGGGGACAAGGCCUCCGGCUUCCACUACAACGUGCUGAGCUGUGAAGGCUGCAAGGGCUUCUUCCGCCGCAGCGUCAUCAAGGGUGCGCAGUACGUCUGCAAGAACGGUGGCAAGUGUGAGAUGGACAUGUACAUGCGGCGCAAGUGCCAGGAGUGCCGGCUGCGCAAGUGCCAGGAGGCAGGAAUGCGGGAGCAGUAUGUUCUGUCUGAAGAACAGAUCCGACUGAAGAAAAUGAAGAAGCAGGAAGAUGAUCAGGCUCGGACAGUGGUGGUGCGUCCAAACCCUCCGAAUCCGCCAAGCCCUUCCCACAAGCUGACCCCUGAACAGCUGAGCAUGAUAAAGAAGCUGGUGGCUGCUCAGCAGCAGUGCAACCAACGCUCAUUCACUGACAGGCUCAAAGUGACGCCAUGGCCCCAAAUUCCAGACCCUAAUAACCGUGAAGCAAGGCAGCAGCGUUUUGCUCACUUCACAGAACUUGCAAUUAUCUCUGUGCAAGAGAUUGUGGACUUUGCCAAGCAACUACCUGGCUUCCUGGAGCUCACUAGGGAAGAUCAGAUCGCUUUAUUGAAGACGUCUACCAUAGAGGUGAUGUUGUUGGAGACAUCUCGGCGCUAUAAUCCAGAGAUUGAGAGCAUCACCUUUCUUAAGGACCUGAGCUAUAAUCGGGAUGACUUCGCCAAAGCAGGUCUGCAGUUUGAGUUCAUUAACCCCAUCUUUGAGUUCUCAAAGGGAAUGAAUGAGCUACAGCUGAACGAUGCCGAAUAUGCACUUUUAAUCGCCAUCAACAUUUUCUCUGCAGACCGACCGAAUGUGCAGGACCAGUCCCUGGUGGAGAGGCUGCAGCACACCUAUGUGGAAGCCCUUCAUUCUUACAUUUGUAUCAACAGACCAAAUGACCGCCUGAUGUUUCCACGGAUGUUAAUGAAGUUGGUCAGUCUUCGGACACUGAGCAGUGUCCACUCUGAACAGGUGUUUGCCCUUCGGCUGCAGGAUAAGAAACUCCCUCCCCUGCUCUCAGAAAUCUGGGAUGUGCAUGAGUGACCGCAUGCUCCCAGGGCACUGACGUGCUGACAUAAUGCCAUCUCCCAGCCUUUGCUAAUGAGAAGCCAGCUUUCCCUCUCCAAAACACUGAACUCUGGGCUCAGCAGUGCAGGGAGUGAUGAGCCUGGGGUUUCAGUGUUGUCAUGAGACUAUUCAGGAGGCAGCUGGGGUAGAUCAGAUUGGGGGGGUUGGUUUUAAUGUAGUGCCCAUACCCCAAAGGAAUGACACAAAACAUCUGAACACAGUAGAAAUUAAGACCUUCCCCCAUCACGCACCUCUUCCUUCUGAGUCUUUUUCUUCUCUAAGCAUGUCUUGAGGGUUUGCCCAUUGAUACUCUCCUUUCUCUUGUUGAUUAUGAAAAGGCAAUUGCAAGAAAUUGCCAAAUCCUCUCUAUUGAGAGUAACCCAGCUCAAAAGGCUUCUGCAGGGUCCCCAGUGUACCUGGAUCUGAGGAGCUCAGGGAAGUCAAUGUGGAUGUUCUAGGGGUUUCACUGGGUUUCCUAUAAAUAAAAUCUCUUGUAUGUGCUGCCCUUUACGAUUCCAAGAGAAGUAGCUUGUUAUUUCUGUAUUAUGAGACUUCAUCUCUAGAGCUGCCCUUUCAUUCUGGCCCUCCUUUGAAAAAGGAUUCCUCUAAUAUGUAGUGCCCUUCAUCUAACAGGGAGGUCCUCUGGAUAGGGAAUGUUUGUACAUCAGAAGGAUGUCAGGCAUAAAGUAGUGGACUAUUUUUUUACUGUAAUACAUGACAGUUUUAUCUCGUGGUGGUUCUCAGCCAGUUCACUCUACCUUCGAGUCGCUAACAGCUGGAAAACUGUAGUUCCACACAAAUCAGGGCAUAGAUUUUACCUUUAGGAGUGGAAUAGAAGAAAGAUAGGUGGGAAGGACUGGUACCUAGGCAAGGUAGGUGUGGUGGAAGGAUCCUAAAAACUUCCAAGAAUUUGGAGCAUGCGGCAUGUGUUCCAAGGUAGGUGUGAAGAUGUAUUGGCCAAGGAGAGAGGACACACUGCAUUUGGUGAAAUACGUGGGCAUUGCAUAAACUGUGGGCUGCACAACUUCCAGAUCACGGGCUGCAAGAAUAUUGGGUGUAACCAGAUCUGUCUUCUUGCUUUUGCCAAAGUCUUUCCAAGGUACUUGCUCAAGGUUUUAGUGAUGGUCAUGGGACUUGAAGGUCCCUCCUGUAUGAGGAGUGCCAACUGCUUUAGAAGGACACUUGGGUCUUGUAUCCUUUCUUCACCCUGGGCACUGUGAGAUCCACACUGGAUUUAUGUCCCAAGUUCAUAAGUAUCCACAUCCAUAAGUAUUCUAGGAUUUACACCAAUAUUUUGUUUGCCAUAAGAGAAAUAAUACUCUUGUAAAACCCGUUCCUUCCUUUCUAAGAAACAACACCUUACGGCUGAUCUCAAGAGAUGUAACCUUUAGUAUCCUGGUAGCUUGGUCUCAUGAGUCUUCUCUGUGAUAGGGGUCUAUGUUUGCUUGCCCGGUGAGCAUCCCAAGAACCGAGGUUCACAUGGCUCAUUUUUUGUUUGUUUGUUUGUUUUUUGGUUGGUUUAUUAUUUUUUUGGCUGUGUAUCUGAGCGCUAUGCCCGUGGUGAGGGUAUCGUGUCCAUUUUGCACUUGAGGUUGGUCCCCUGCCACUGGCCUUCACUCUGCACCUUUGUAAAGCAUUUGUAACAAUCUGUAAAAUAAUCUGUUGUUUUUUAUAACUCGUUGCAAUUGCAGAAAUUCUUGUUUAAAUCUGUAUUUUUAACUAAUCUGUUUGAGAAAUGUUAAUGUUUAUAUAAAAGAAUAAAGCCUAAUACAGGAUUUUGACAUUC